GCUUUCUGCCGGGAGCGCUGGUCUCGGUCGUUUUGGUAGUGUUUAUCGUUUGCGUGCCAAGGAGAAUCCGCUUUCUCCUGAAACAGCUUCACUCCUGGGCAGACGGGGCUAACCCUCGCUUCCCAUCCCCGCCCGGCCUGUGGGGUCCACCUCUCGGGAGCGCGACUUCCUUUUAGUCUAACAAGCUUUACAAAGGCUGGGUAUGUGUGUGGGAGGGGCGGAUACCGUGCGGGGCACGCCCUAUUUUCUUGCCCUAUUCCUUAGACCCUGCGUGGGGCAGGGUCGUGAGGAGAAAAGUGACGGCGUGUCGCAGCUGCAGGUGCGGUACACGCCCACGAACACCGACGCUGGGCUGAACUCACGCUUAGCGCGCUGGCUCCGCCCCGCAAGCCGCUCACCGCGAAGGGGCGGGGCCCAGAGUGGGCAGGUCCGCGCACGCGCCGCGUGGGGGACGGAAGUGAAACUCUAAGAAAUGAGAUGGAGAAGUACGAGCGGAUCCGAGUGGUGGGGAGAGGUGCCUUUGGGAUUGUGCACCUGUGCCUACGAAAGGCUGACCAGAAGCUGGUGAUCAUCAAGCAGAUCCCAGUGGAACAGAUGACCAAGGAUGAGCGACAGGCAGCCCAGAAUGAGUGCCAGGUCCUCAAGCUGCUGAACCACCCCAAUGUCAUUGAGUACUACGAGAACUUCCUGGAAGACAAAGCCCUCAUGAUCGCCAUGGAAUAUGCACCAGGUGGCACCCUGGCUGAGUUCAUCCAAAAGCGCUGCAAUUCCCUGCUGGAGGAGGAGACCAUCCUGCACUUCUUUGUGCAGAUCCUGCUUGCACUGCAUCAUGUGCACACCCACCUCAUCCUGCACCGAGACCUCAAGACCCAGAACAUCCUUCUUGACAAACACCGCAUGGUCGUCAAGAUUGGGGAUUUUGGCAUCUCCAAGAUCCUUAGCAGCAAGAGCAAGGCCUACACGGUGGUGGGUACCCCAUGCUACAUCUCCCCUGAGCUGUGCGAGGGCAAGCCCUAUAACCAGAAGAGUGACAUCUGGGCCCUGGGCUGUGUCCUCUACGAGCUGGCCAGCCUCAAGAGGGCUUUUGAAGCUGCGAACCUGCCAGCCCUGGUGCUGAAGAUCAUGAGCGGCACCUUUGCACCCAUCUCUGACCGGUACAGCCCCGAGCUGCGCCAGCUGGUCCUGAGUCUACUCAGCCUGGAGCCUGCCCAGCGGCCCCCACUCAGCCACAUCAUGGCACAGCCCCUCUGCAUUCGUGCCCUCCUCAACCUCCACACCGACGUGGGCAGUGUCCGCAUGCGGAGGCCUGUGCAGGGAGAGCAAGCGAUCCUGGGCAGCAGGGUGUGGGCACCCAAUGGGAGCACAGGAGGCCUGGGGCAGAGGGGCACCUGGGUGAGUCCUCCCUCCCUGCAGGUAGGAAUGUCAGGAGAGUCUUUGUUCUUAGGCCCCCGUCUGUCCCGCAGGGUGGAGAAGUCUGUGACCCCUGGCAGCACAGGGAGCAGGACCACCAGUGUCCGCUGCAGAGGUGUCCCCCGGGGACCUGUGAGGCCAGCCAUCCCACCACCACUGUCGUCAGUGUACACCUGGGGUGGUGGGCUGGGCACCCCCCUGCGGCUGCCAAUGCUCAACACAGAGGUGGUCCAGGUGGCAGCUGGGCGUACGCAGAAAGCUGGCAUCACACGCUCUGGGCGUCUCAUCCUGUGGGAGGCCCCACCCCUAGGUGCAGGCGGAGGCACCCUCCUUCCUGGGGCAGUGGAGCAGCCACAGCCCCAGUUCAUCUCGCGCUUCCUGGAGGGCCAGUCAGGCGUGACCAUCAAGCACGUGGCCUGCGGGGACUUCUUCACCGCCUGCCUGACGGACCGAGGCAUCAUCAUGACCUUUGGCAGUGGCAGCAAUGGGUGCCUAGGCCAUGGCAGCCUCACUGACAUCAGCCAGCCCACCAUUGUGGAGGCCUUGCUUGGCUAUGAGAUGGUGCAGGUGGCCUGUGGGGCCUCUCACGUGCUGGCCUUGUCCACUGAGCGAGAACUAUUUGCGUGGGGCCGUGGAGAUGGGGGGAGACUGGGACUAGGCACCAGGGAGUCCCACAGCUGCCCCCAGCAGGUGCCCAUGCCCCUGGGACAGGAAGCUCAGCGAGUUGUAUGUGGCAUCGACUCCUCCAUGAUCCUCACUGUGCCUGGCCAAGCCCUGGCCUGUGGAAGCAACAGGGUGGGAUCUGUCUUCUGGUGCACCAGCUCCUGCCCAAACUAUCAGAUGGAUUUAGCUUCUGGCUCUGCCCUCAGAUUCAACAAGCUGGGCCUGGACCAUCUCUCCCUGGGGGAGGAGCCUGUUCUCCACCAGCAGGUGGAGGAGGCCCUGAGCUUCACACCACUAGGCUCUGCACCCCUGGACCGGGAGCCCCUGCUGAGUGUAGACCUGGGCACUGCUCACUCAGCUGCUGUGACUGCCUUGGGUGAUUGCUACACUUUUGGCAGCAAUCAGCAUGGGCAGUUGGGCACCAAUGCUCGCCGGGGCAGCCGGGUACCCUGUAAGGUCCAAGGCCUUGAGGGCAUCAAGAUGGCAGUGGUAGCCUGUGGGGAUGCCUUCACUGUAGCUAUUGGGGCAGAGGGUGAAGUGUACUCUUGGGGCAAAGGGGCCCGAGGUCGACUGGGAAGGAGGGAUGAAGAUGCUGGAUUCCCUCGGCCAGUGCAACUGGAUGAGACACACCCUUACACGGUGACUUCCGUGUCCUGUUGCCAUGGAAACACCCUCCUGGCUGUUCGCCCGGUCACAGAUGAGCCAGUCCCCCCGUGAGGCACCUGGAUACAUCUCUGGACCACCCUAAUAUUGCUUCUCCUCUGAACUGAAAAAUGCAGGUGCCUAAGGCAUGACUCCCAGCUGUCUCCUGGAUUAUUCAUCAGUGGGGGUGUCAGGGCUGGUGAAAUCCCUGCUCUGCUUUUGGCCUUGGACAUGGAAACCUCAACCACUUUGUUCUCCCACCACACCUUUGCCCUUCCUACCCCUUCUUCCCUUCAGUCAGUGUCCCCAGGGUCCAGUCUGGCUAGAGUUAGAAGGCAGACCCAGCCUUUGGAAGCAGGGUGGCCUCCAGAGCCUUGCCAUAAAAAGACUGAAGGCAGCUAUAGCUCCUCCUCCACCACACAGACCCUGCCCUUUCCCCCACCCCAGUUAGAAAAUAAGUCUGGACCAGGGGUGGUGGCUAACAUCUGCAGUCCCAGUGCUUUGGGAGGCCAAGGCAGUUGAGGAUCCCUUGUGGCCAGGAGUUGGAGACCAGCCUGGGGACCAUAGAGAGACUGCUGUCUCCACCAAAAAAAAAAAAAAAAGAACGACAAGAAAAUAAGGCCAGGUGUGGUGGCUCAGGCCUUUAAUCCCAGCACUUUGGGAGGCUGAGGUGGGCGGAUCACUUGAGGUCAGGAGUUUGAGGCCAGCCAGGUCAACAUGGUGAAACUCUGUCUCUACUAAAAAUACAAAAAUGGGGCUCACGUCUGUAGUCCAAGCACUUUGGAGGCCAAGGCCGGCGGAUCACCUGAGGUCGGGAGUUCAAGACCAGUCUGACCAACAUGGUGAAAUCCCAUCUUAAAAAAAAAAAAAUUCUGGCCCAUUAAAGUUCUCAUUAUAGGUUCUUUAAAAAAUAAAGGAAAGAAAAAACAAGGCCAGGCAGGGUGGCUCACGCCUAUAAUCCCAGCACUUUGGGAGGCCGAGGCGGGUGGAUCACAAGGUCAAGAGAUCGAGACCAUCCUAGUCAACAUGGUGAAACCCCAUCUCUACUAAAAAUACAAAAAAAAAAAAUUAGCUGGGCAUGGUGGCGUGCGUCUAUAGUCCCAGCUACUCAGGAGCCUGAGGCAGGAGAAUUGCCUGAACCCAGGAGGCGGAGGUUGCGGUGAGCUGAGAUCGCGCCAUUGCACGCCAGCCUGGGUAACGAGCAAAACUGUCUCAAAAAACAAAACAAAAAUUAGCUGGGCGUGAUGGUGGGUGCCUAUAAUCCCAGCUACUCUGGAGGUUAAAGCAGGAGAAUUCCUUGAACCUGGGAGACGAAGGUUGCAGUGAGUCGAGAUCAAACCACUGCACUCCAGUCUGGGUGACAGAUCAAGACUCCCUCUCAAAUGUCCUUGGUGCUCACCAGGAGUGUCUCCAUGUUUUGGAGCAGAGCAAGCCAGAGCCUGCCUGGACUGGACGUUAGGCCUGCCUAGCUUCUGUAUAGCCUGGGGCACGGGGGGUCCCAGGGGGUGCUGCCACCUCCAUCACACUUUCAUUCUGCAUAGCCUGGGGCACUGGGGUCCCAGGGAGUGCUGCCACCUCCCCACACUUUCAUUCUAAGGCAGGGAUUUGUUCGACGUUAGCUGGCCUCCCUUCCCCAGCGGGAGGGCAACAGCCACUAAGUAUCUGCUGCAGAAAAGAUCAGCGCUGGGGGUUGUCCCUCACCCCAUGCCUUUCCCCAGUAAUGGUAGAAAGGGUAGCUGGUGGGACCAGACUUGUUUCCCAGAGGACAGGAAGUAGCGCUAAUAAAAAUUUCAGCGGCC